AUGUCGAUUGUUCCUCAUGAGCCUACGGGCUUUUCCAAGUCGAACCUGUAUGAUGGGAUGAGGUCGGUGUUGGUGCCAGUGGGGCCAAGUGAAGAGGAGGUGACCAUGGACCCCGAGAAGGGCCCGAUGGUGAUGCAGUUGGAUGGGACCAUGACGCACCUUCAGAAGGUUCGCGGCACUGCUGGUGCGGGGCAGGUGUGGGAAAAGCUUUGGCCACAGAUGACGGCCACAGAGCAAACCUGUGCACUAUGCCCUAUCGCCAGCACGCACGGCAGCCGUGGCAUGGUGCGGAUCGAUGCGUAUCGUCCCAAUAGGUGCGCCUGCGACGACAAGGCGCGCCAGGUGCGUAGCCGGGUGGCGACCGUGCUGACUCAUCACGUGGACACAGAGGUGGCGACGCCGCAUGCCAAGCUCUACCGAGAGCUGGCGGAAAAGGAGCUGGAGCUUAAGGACCUUGAGAAGCAGCAUGAGGCGCUGGUGGAACUUCAGCGGCAGCUGCCACUGAUGCGGAACCGCUUGCAGGGCUUUCAAAAAGCGCGAGCCUCGAGGGAGGAGGCCGUGCGAAGUCUCAUCGAGGAACGACAGGCGGAGCUGCUGGAGGUCAACCACGAGAUCCAAGUGUUGGAGGCAAUUGCAGAGGCCUCUGAGCGAAUCUAUCCAGAUCUGAAGACCGCACAGCCUUUGGGGGAGUCCUUGCAUUUGGCGGUGGAGGACAUGAAGAACUUGCACUCCUCCAAGCCAAAGGGUUUGUCCAUGAGACAACCAGCUUCUUGGCCAUCGACCUUCAUCCUUGCCGAUCUGAUGCUGGCGUGUUCCGAGAUUUCUGCGACCGACGCCUUCAUUUCUUCGACUCCUUUUCAGGGAGUGGAUCGGAUGCGAUUAGAUGCCCCUGGGAGAGACAACGAGUUCCUUGGCGCAGCGGCACAGACGGGCACAGAAGCCCUCAAGUCGAGGUCCCUGAAGCGAUCGCAGCUGGGACGCACGAAGACAGCGAUCGCAGCGGGCAGGUUCGGUAUUCUGGGGCUCUCAAUUGAGAAGCAUCGUCAGGAAUAA